UGUUGCAAAGGUUUGUGUGUGAGAGAGAAAGAUGGAGAAUUGGAAGAACUUGAUGCAUGUAUUUGUGACCAUAUUUCUGUCCAAUUUCGCAUCGUUGUUAGUGAAUCCGACUAUCGCAGACGUUACCAUGGAAGCUGUGUGCCCCGGAAAAGAUGAAUGUUCACUCUCCAUUUAUCUCUCCGGCUUCCAACAGGCUAUUGCAGGAUUGGCGUCUGUGGUUAUGAUGCCAUUGAUUGGGAAUUUAUCCGACACAUACGGUCGAAAACUGUUGCUCACAAUCCCUUUAACCCUUGCAAUCAUCCCUUUUGUAAUAUUGGCUACGAAGAGGACAACGGAGUUUUUCUACGUGUACUAUGUUGUGAAGACUCUAACAUCAACGGUAACGGAUGGUGGCACCAUCUGCCUCGCGCUUAGUUAUAUGUUUGUCAGUGUUGUUUGUUUGGUUGUUGCAACUGCAAGACCUUUGGUUGCUAGGCUGUUGAUGCUCUUGCAUCGGGUAGGGGAUUGGAAAUUUGUUGUUGGUGAUUGCAACAAUUGGUGA